AUGGCCGAUUUUAAAAAGACGGCAAUUGCUUUGAAUUUAAAUAAUAUCAAAGCACUAAUAAACGAAGGUCAUGGGGUCAAGGGCCUAUCUGAGAUGGACCUUAAAACUCUGCCACAGGAAUUCAUUCAACCACUUGAAAAACGGUUUAAUAUUGACAAUACUUUAGAAAAAUACAUUGAGAACAUGGUGUGUGAUGUAGCUGAGGAAUGGGGAUUGAUUCGACUUGUUAAUCAUGGGAUUUCUAUUGAGAUUUAUAAGUGGCAUGACAAACUUACAUUUACGUAUGUUUCUGAUGAAGAGGCCUUGAAGCUUUGGCAUCCAAGUUGCAGGCCGUCACUUCGACUCAUCAACUGUCACUAUACUUCAUAUGAUAGGAGGUUUUUGGGUUCGAAAAUCAGAAGUGAUCCAUGGAUACGUGUCGCUCUAAUAAAUGGAGCCUUAGUGAUAAAUGUUGGUGAUGCUCUAAAAAUCAUGAGCAAUAGGCGCUACAAGAGUAUCGAGCAUUUUGUGACUGUUAGUAAAAAUAACAAUAGAAUUUCGAUGCCAUUUUUUGCAAGUCCAACACCUUGUGCAAUUAUCGGACCUUUUGAAGAAGUGCUUGAGAGUACCGGAGAAGAACCACUCUAUAAAGAGUGUGUCUACUCGGAGUAUGCAGCACAUUUUUACUCAAAAGCUCAUCGUGGAAAAGACAAGAUUCAAUUUGUCCUGACAUGA